CUUUUCUCUCCCGAUCCACCGAAUCGAUUCGGGCACGGGAUACCACAAUUCACAAAUUCACAAACAUGACCUCCCAAUCCCUAGCUUAGUUUUAGGUUCUUUCUUUUUUAAUCAAUUCAAAUCAAAUCAAAAACCCCAAAACCUCAAAAAUUUUAGUGCGGGUGGAGAUAUAGAAAAAGGAAAUAAUAUGGAUCAGCACGAGCAUGAAGAGCAAGAGCAUGAGGUGUAUGGCAGUGAGAUUCCCGAUGAGGGAGAGAUGGAUGCUGAUAUCGACAUGUCUUCUAGACCUGAGGAAGAAGAAGAAGAAGUAGAAGAAGAAUAUGACGAACAAAACCCUAACUCUAAGGAUUUGGAGGACAUGAAGAAGAGACUUAAAGAGAUUGAAGAAGAAGCCGGCGCACUCCGUGAAAUGCAGGCUAAAGUUGAGAAGGAGAUGGGAGCUGUUCAAGAUUCCUCAAGUGGUUCAGCAACGCAAGCUGAGAAGGAGGAGGUGGAUUCGCGAUCUAUAUACGUUGGUAAUGUAGACUAUGCCUGUACUCCUGAAGAAGUUCAGCAGCAUUUUCAAUCAUGUGGAACUGUAAACAGAGUGACAAUUUUGACUGACAAGUUUGGUCAACCAAAGGGUUUUGCAUAUGUUGAAUUUGUAGAGGUUGAUGCUGUUCAAAAUGCUCUUUUGUUGAAUGAAUCGGAAUUGCAUGGCCGUCAGUUAAAGGUCUCUGCUAAGCGUACCAAUAUUCCUGGAAUGAAGCAGUAUCGAGGAAGGCGUCCCAACCCUUAUUCUGGGUUCAGAUCCCGAAGGCCAUUUAUGCCUGCUCCUUUCUUUCCCCCAUAUGGGAGGGUUCCAAGGUUCAGGAGACCCAUGCGUUACAGGCCAUACUAGUGAUCAGCGGCCAUUUCCGGAGGGCCUUCAUGGAUUCUGAUGUUCAGUAUUACUAUUGUGGUUGUAUGAAGGGAUAGGAAGACCUGUAUCAUCAUUUGCACGGCCAAGGCCGGUCUGAUUUAUCCAAUUGAUAGCUUGCGGGAGCUAUAGGUUCCUGGACAUCAAACAAAUCUUGCAUUUACUCGCAUUAAAGAGCACAAAGCUUUAAGGGGCGCUAGAUGUGCAAAUGUUGUGUUUUUUUUUUUUUUUUUCCUUUUCUGUUUUUUCUGUAGUUAUUUAUGAAUUCACGGUCUAAGAUUUUAAGUUUCUCGUUGAGGUUAAGAUGAAACUUUGAGUAAUUCAUACUCGGCUUUGCCUAUGCAAUGCCUUCUUUAAUUCAGAAAUCAUAGGGGAUUGUUGUUCUACAGUUUUAGAAGGGGCUUGUGGGAAUCUGUCUUUCAAAUUUGAUAUUAAUUAAUGGCUAAUUGACAUCA